AUGUGGUUGCUGCUGCUGCAUGCAGCAGCAAACCGAGAGAAAGUGAAGCAGCAGCAGCAGCAGCAGCAGCAGCAGGAGCAGCAGCAGCAGCAUCACCACCAGCAGCAGCAGCAGUACCAGCAACAGCAGCAGCAGCAACAGCAGCAGCAGCAGGAGGAGCAGCAGCAGGAGUAUGUGUGUCUUCUGCAUGCGAGACAUCAUCUGCUGCAGCAGCAACAGCAGCAACAGCAGCAACAGCAGCAGCAACAGCAGCAACAGCAGCAUUUUUUUGUGUUGAUUUUGUUUCUCUUUCUGCUGCUUUUAAUCGUUUUCGUUUUGACCCCAGACUAG